CCCACCCCCGACACGAGAUACCCUCGAGGAUGUUAGAGCCGACGACAACUCAGUCGAGUCAUGGUAACUGAGGAACGACGACCGUCAUGAUGAUGACUACGACGACGGCGACGACCACUUCGCAAAAGAUGUCUGAAGCGCACAUCAAACGGCCUAUGAACGCCUUCAUGGUCUGGUCCAGGGGCCAGCGGAGGAAAAUGGCACAGGAAAAUCCGAAAAUGCACAAUUCGGAAAUAUCUAAAAGACUAGGCGCCGAAUGGAAAUUGCUCACUGAAGCGGAAAAACGUCCAUUCAUCGAUGAAGCCAAACGAUUAAGAGCGCUUCAUAUGAAAGAGCAUCCGGAUUACAAGUACAGACCUAGAAGAAAGCCCAAGCCGAUGGUGCAGAAGAAGGAAGUAAAAUUCGGUUCGUUUUCAGUCGACGGUACUCGCGGUCUUCUUCCGCCUCCUCCGCCUCUCCUGGACCACGGUUCAGAAUUGAAACUGCCUCUGUUGUCUCCGUUUCCGUAUCAUCUCUACCGGUUCGAAGACACUUCUAAAAUGGCCGAUCUCGCCCUGCACGCGCUGUACGGCAAGUCGCUAUAUUCCCAGGCAGCUGCGAUGGCCGCAGCCGCCAGCUGGUCGACCCCUUGCGGCUGCGGGCCGCCGAUCGAGCCGGCGCCGCCUUCCAGCCCCCAGGAACACGUCGCUCCCAAGCCCCUGGAGAGGUAUUCGCCCCAACACGUUAUAUGAAGACCACUCCCAGUCCUUCCCGAAGGGGUUGGGCUGGGACAGAGAAUGUGGCCCUGGUGGAGCAGCCCUCCGCCUAUGCCGCCCCCACAGAUAAGCCCAGGUGCUUCCGAAUCCCCCCCAACUGUGGACUAAUCAAUUAGGGGGAAAAGUUUGACUUAUUUAACAAAUAAAAAACCCGGGAUGUUGUGCAAUCCGAGUUGUAAGCCCAGUGAUUUUGACUUACAUUUUAUUUUACGAUUAUUGUACAUUUCGAGAUGCAUAUUGUUACAGUUAUUUAACUAUUUGGGUGUGUACAUAAAGAUAAAAUUGAUCAAAAAUAAAAAUAAAUUGUUUCUCAACUUUGAAUCUUGUGUUAGUUUAUUUAUCG